AUCUUGUUUACAUAGCGCCAGUUAAGAGUGUGCGCUCGAGCUGCGCGGAGCAGACGCAGGAGGUGUCGCGAGCGCGUUGGGUGUGCUCGGAGCGUAAAGGAAUCUUUGUUUUUAAAGUUGUUAUAAAGUCGUUUUCUGACAGCUGACGCUCAAUUUAAGUUUCGAAUCCGGGAAGUGAGUAUGUCUUAAAGGACCUGUGCAUGGGAUUUCGGCGACAAGUUGAGAACGAGCUGUGGAUGGAGUCCGGCGCGUGCGACGAGGCUCGACUGCGCGCUCUUCCUCGAGUGCGACGUGGACGGUUCGGGGGUGAUCGAGAAGGGCGAGUUCGAGCGGAUGUGCUCAGGACUGUGCGUGCGCUCGGCGGACAUCGACGACCUCUUCAGAAAACUAGACGCGAACCAGGACGGAGCGAUCAACAUGGAGGAGUUCAUCCGCGGCUUCCAGACCCGUCCAGCCUGUCGAGGGGAAGAGCCGAGCGGCGCGGAGGAUUUCACUCUGGCCUGGGAAGACUUCAAGAACCGGCUCGGGGAACACAGCAGGUUUAUCCCGCGGAUUGAUCAGGUUUCGACUCUGUACCAUAACAUCGGUCUGACCGAAAGCAGAAUGAUUUCUCAGUAUGAAACAGUCCUUCUAAACUUCACCAGAGAGGUGAAACUCCAGAGUAAAGAGAUGGAGCGGCUGGCGCUGGCUGUCAAAAGGGCUCAGGACCAGGCUGCCAUUCAGCUGAGUGCGAUGGAAGAGGAAAUGGACCAGCGCAUUCAGGCAGCUGAGAGAAACACACGUUUGGAGGAAUCUAAGAAGGCAGAGGCCGCACUAAGCAUUGUGAAAGACCAGUACGAAGCUCAGCUGAGUGAGUUACACCAGAAGGUCCUCACCCUCCAGAUGGUUGAAGACAUGAACAAGAGCACCAGCCUCAAAGAAGAAAACGUUAUACUGAAGCGAAAGAAUAAUGAGCUGACCCUGCAAAACCAAAAGCUGAAGCAAGAACUGCUGGAGUCACAGACCAGUAUAGCAAUUCUACAGAGUGAGCUGGACUCCGCCAAGAGUGAUCUUACUGACCAGAGCAUCAAUCUUGAACGAGAUGAAGCCCUAAUGAGGUCUUUUUCUGAGGGGAGGGAAAGCCUGGAGAGGCAGAUUGAGAUUCUUCAAUUAGCAAACAGGAAGCUUCACGACACCAAUGAUGGUCUGCGUAUGACUCUGGAGAACAGCCAGAGCAAAAACAAGAUUCAGAGAGUUAGUGGACUGUCUCCUGCAAGUACCAUCGACAGGACAAAAGGCACAAGCACUCCAUAUUUUGAAAGGUGCUGUAAGGCCUACACGGAUGAUGAAUACGACCAGCUGCGAAUAGCUGAGUGCCUGCAAACCCAGAGCAGUGAUUCUUAUGCUCUGGCGCUGUGCGAUCCCAUGCGCAGGCGGAGCAGCUGUGAGGUGGACAGCCUAGACGAAAGCUACAUAGACAGUGGCUUGUCUACUCUGCGCUCCAACAAUGGCUACAACUCUGAGCAGGGGAGCACGGGUCGAAACACCCCAAACACAGCUGCCUUCAGCUGCUCGGGAGACACCUCAGAUACGGAGGUGCCAGAAGUCCGAGACGAGCCACGGUGCGAAUCAGACAGCGAGUCUGUCAUGAACAUGACUUUAAAUUCGCUCGACGUAAAAGACAUCACAGCUCCAGGGAAGAAGAGCCUUUCACCAAUCUUCAGCGAGAAACUGAAGAACGAGACGAUGGUGACAGCUCACGCAUCGGCGAAAACGUAUAAGAUUGUGUUAGCGGGUGAUGCCGCGGUGGGCAAGUCCAGCUUCCUCCUACGUCUCUGUAAAAAUGAGUUUAAAGGCAUCACCAGCACCACCCUGGGUGUUGAUUUCCAAAUGAAGACCCUUGUCGUAGAUGGAGUGCCGACAGUGCUGCAGCUUUGGGAUACUGCAGGUCAGGAGAGGUUCAAAAGCAUUGCAAAAUCGUACUUCAGGCGGGCUGACGGCGUUCUCCUGCUUUACGAUGUGACCUGCGAGAGGAGCUUUCUAAAUGUGCGAGAAUGGGUCGACACCAUAGAGGAUGUGUCCCAAUAUAAAAUCCCCAUAAUGCUGGUAGGAAAUAAGACAGAUCUGCGGCAACAGGCUCUAAAGAAUGACGUCACUUGCAUCUCAACCAGCCUGGGAGAGAAACUGGGCAGGACUUACAGCUCCCUCUUCUGUGAGACAAGUGCAAAGGAUGGCUCGAAUAUCAUCGAGGCAGUGCUUCAUUUAGCACGCGAGGUCAUCAAACAUGCACAGGAACGCAAACAUACAACAUUAGGGCCAAGUCUAUCUGGGAGCCCCAGCUCAAAGAUCUCCAGCUCAGUGUGCUGCAGGCCAUAAUGCAUGUUUUUUUUUUUUUUUUAUCAUGCAUUGUGAUUUAAAACGCUUGUUUCAGAAAGAUGGCAUCUGUCUGUUGGAGACCAGUAUGCAAUUCUAUGCACAUCUGUAUUGCAGCCUACCUCGAACUUUGAAGAGUCUCAUGUUUUACACUGUGUGUGCUGCAUAUCAAAUAUUAACUCUGUUCUGGCAUAACUGAAGAAGUGCACAAUAAUGUGAGUUGGGAUACUAAUGGAGUUUGUAAGUUCCAUGAGGGUCCAACUUUUCUCUUGGCGUUUUCUAACAGGUCUUUUGCAAUGGACUGGUAUGCAUGUUGUGAGUUAUUUACAAAAAAAUAUAAUUUUUGUAAGUAAUGUGACAAAGUAGGGAUAGAAAUCACUAUUUUUAUUUAUGAAAUGAAAAAUAUUUCUUAUCUCGAACAGACACCUGAAAACUACAUAAAGUAUAUCAGAACGUAUAUAAAAAAAUGAAUGUGAAAAACUGUCAGUAAGAGCAUAAAAUAAUUGAGUUUAGAAAUAUUCCUUAUAGUUAUAGUGUUCUAUAGACAGAGUAAAAAACUUUACUGUGAAAACAAUAGCUUUCAAUUUUGAGUUACUCUCUGAUUGGUUGGAGCCACGAAAACAUAGAUGAAAUCAGACUUAGCCAUUAAGCUAACUUGGUGUCAUUUUACAGUUACUUCCUGAAUCGACUUUCAGGUUCAGUAAUUCACUUGCAUGUACAGUACACUGCAUUUUCCACUUCGGUUUAUUAAUGCAAGCACACUGAACAGACACGACAUACACUUUUGCACAUUUGAAAAAAACGCAAUCCUUCCUUGGCAUUCUUUGACAUUAGAAAAUCGGGUUAAGGAACUAUGCAAACCUUUAAUAAUUUAGUGGCUAAAAAAGUUUUGUAAAAAAAUGAAAAAAAACAAAGAAAAAGAUUCAAAUCGUGCAAGAAUAUUUAGGAGUAUAAUGAGUUAUCCUAUCAUUAUAUUAAAUGAUAGGCAUGGAAUAUCAGGACUUAGGACUUUUAGGACAUUUGUAUCUGACAAUGUGGAUUUUGAUUUUGUUGUUGUUGUUUAUUUGUUAUAUGUUAUUCUGUUUAUUAUUCAGUAAAAAUUUAGGACACAUAUAUAUUGCAUAUUAUGGAGUUAUAUAAAAUGUAAAUCUCAUUAUUUAAAUUUUAGUGAGUCGACAGUCUUUACUUAUAUUUUCUAAAAUAUAGAUGUAAUUAUUCAUUUCUGUAUUUAUACUAUAUUUUGACAUAACGCUCUCAUCCUAACAAUGCUCGCAUGUAACCUUGAUUAACUGAUAUAGAUAUAAUUUUAGCCACAAUUUUAGAACUGUAGGACAUAUGUUAUUGUUUUUCAUACAAAGCAACAUUAUAUGAAUCUGUGUACGAUUCAUAUGAACAGGUAGCAACACUGUACCAUAAUGAGUUUUUGAGGUAAUUUUUAAAUCCAGCUUCCUUGUACAAUUUAUCAAAGACACAAACUUACAAAAAGUGGGAUUUAUUGUAUUCUGGAUGAUGGUUUAAUGUUAUAUAGACAUUAUUUCUUCAGGUUCAGAGAAUGUGUACAAUUUUUAAAACAGGACUUUGUUAAGAAUCUAUACACUAUAUAUCACAGUAUGCACAUUUUAUGUAUUGUAUUGAUUACCUACUGAAGAUUUUCUGCAAUAUUUUGCAGAAUAUUUGACCGGUUUUACUACUUUAAAGAAGGCACUGCCACUGCACAUUCAGUGUCAGCCAAGUUAGAAUGGCAGCCAACGUAACAUUGUUUAACCUAUUUAUUCUUCCUCGCCAUCAUGUAAUCCCAAUGCUCUGCUUAGACUGUCUUGCAUUUUUUUGCUAAUGAAAUUUAACUUUAUCAUAUAGAGUAUAUUCUAAAUUAUUGUAUAUUCAACAUAUUUAAUAUACUGUGCACCUUUAAAAUAUGCAAUAAUCGAUACAAUGUUUUGUUACUUAUACAUUAUGAAAUGCAUCUAUUGUGAAGAAAUGGUAUUAUUAAAUGAUUAUAAAAAGAUGUUUAUAAAAGAUGUUCCAAUCCAAAUGUUAUAAUUUUAUUUUAUAUAAUUGUAAUCAUCCAAGAACUUUUGUAAUAAAGGAAAUUUAACC